AAAAAAUAAAUAAAAAUCAAUCAUUAAUUUGAUUUAACAGUUAUUCGUCGCUAUUAUUAUUAUACUGUUUUACAACAGUUUAAUAACAAAAAACAUUUGGUGACCACUAUUAUCGGUAGACAAAUGUCGGAACCGGUCGUACAAAAGAUAACAACCAAUGCGUGCAAUGAAAGCAUUAAUUUAUUGCAAUUUUUGUGCGAAAUCGAGAAACUGAAACAUUUAGACCGCAAAGGAUUUAAGGACAGGGAUGUCAACAAACCAGAGACUGUGGCCGGUCAUAUGUACCGAAUGGCCGUAAUGGCAAUGCUAUACCAAAGCGAUAGUCCCGAUGAGGUCAUAGACCGCAAUCGAUUGCUACGGAUGACAAUCAUUCACGAUAUGGCCGAAUGUCUUGUGGGAGAUAUCACUCCUUACGACGGCAUACCUGUCGAAGAGAAACAUCGACGAGAGUACGAAGCCAUGGAUUAUUUGGUGUCAUUACUUCCGUCAAAGAGUUCCAAAGAGUUUAAGGAUCUCUUUGAUGAAUAUGAGAAACAAGAGUCACGCGAAGCGAUAAUAGUCAAAGAGUUUGAUCGUUUCGAUGUUAUGCUUCAGGGAUAUCAAUACGAAAGAAGCGAAUACGAGACAAAAGGACGGAUCAUCCGAUUUCAAGAGUUCUUCGACAACGCAAAUGGAAAGAUCUUUACCAAACAAUUACUCCAAAUGAUAGACGAAUUAAACAAAACAAGAGACGAGUUCUGGUCUAAAGUUAACGCAAAUACCAAUAAUGAAACCAAUAAUUGUAUAUAAGAUCUGUGAGUCCUAUAUUAACGGUAAUUAUUGAACCGGCAA